UUCCACAACAUGAUUGGUGAUAUAAAACAGCUAGCAAUUUUUGGAUUCUUAUAUAUACCAUAUCCCCCCAUCCUUUCCUUUGUAUUCUCACCUUCCUACAACAAAAAUAAUGGGAAAAGCAAAUAAUUGUUCUAUCCUUCUAUCCUUCCUCCUCAUUCUAUCAUUGUUUGUGAUUGAAAUUAGUGCAAACAAACAAGUCCAAGCUCUUAACAAUCUUCACAAGUUGAAAUUCAGAGGAGGUUCACAAAUUGAUAGGAGUGACUUUAAGGUACAACAGCUUGUUCAUGAUGAUGCCUUUGUUCAAUCACAGGAGGGUCUGAAAGAGAAAGAUAGAAUUGUUAGGCUUCCAGGACAGCCCCAAGUGAGUUUUUCUCAAUAUGGAGGGUAUGUCACAGUGGACCAAGUGUCUGGUAGUGCCUUUUAUUAUUACUUUGUUGAAGCUCAAGGUUCCAAAGAAACAUUGCCUCUUCUUCUUUGGCUCAAUGGAGGUCCUGGAUGUUCAUCUCUAGGCUAUGGAGCAAUGCAAGAAUUGGGACCUUUUAGAGUAAAUAGUGAUGGCAAAACAUUAUACAAAAACAGAUAUUCAUGGAACAAUGUUGCAAAUGUAUUGUUCCUGGAGUCACCAGCUGGAGUGGGGUUUUCUUAUUCAAACAAAUCAUCAGAUUAUUUAGCCAAUGGAGAUAGAAAAACAGCUUCAAGUAACUAUGUGUUUUUGGUAAAUUGGUUGGAGAGAUUUCCUGAAUAUAAAAACAGAGAUUUCUAUAUUGCUGGGGAGAGCUAUGCAGGGCGUUAUGUUCCUGAACUUGCACAUACUAUUUUCAACCUUAACAAAAUAGCAAACAAGACAAUCAUUAACUUCAAAGGAAUCUUGAUUGGGAAUGCUGUGAUCAAUGAUGAAACUGACGAGCCAGGAAUGUAUGAUUAUCUUGCUACCCAUGCAAUCAUAUCAGAUAGGGCAGCGUAUGAUAUCAACAACUCUUGUGAUUUCACAUCAAGUAAUCAAACAAGGGAAUGCAAUGCAAUUGCUGAUGAAGUUUAUCAGGAUAUUUCAUACAUUGAUUUAUAUAACAUUUAUGCUCCACUUUGCAAAGAUUCCAAUCUCACAGCCCUUCCCAAGAAGACUUCUAUUGUGACUGAUCCAUGUAGUGAGGAUUAUGUGUAUGCAUAUCUUAAUAGAGGAGAUGUUCAAGAGGCUAUCCAUGCCAAUGUCACCAAGCUUCAACAUGAUUGGGAAGCAUGUAGUGAUGUCAUCAGAAAGUGGAAUGAUAGCCCUUCAACCGUUCUUCCAAUUUUGCAUGAACUCUUCAGUAAUGGCCUUAGAGUUUGGAUUUUCAGUGGUGACACUGAUGGAAGGGUUCCUGUCACUUCAACCAAGUAUUCCAUUAAAAAGAUGAACCUUCCCAUUAAAAAUGUUUGGCGCCCUUGGUUUGCCUAUGGAGAGAAUCAGUUCUUGUUUCACAAAAGUUGUUUCCAGUAUCUUCUUGAAGAAGCGCAUCUUUUCCUAAGUGAAAAACCAACUAGUUUCAUGUUACACAGGUUGGUGGUUACACAGAAGUAUACAAGGGAGACCUAACAUUUGCUACAGUGAGAGAAGCAGGGCAUCAAGUGCCAAGUUACCAACCAGCAAGAGCCCUUGUUUUGAUCAAAAGUUUCUUAGAUGGCACUCCUCUUCCAAGUCCCAAAAGAGAUGCCUAGUUUCUACUUCCUUGAAAUGCUGUUUUCAAUCAUCAUUAUAGUUAUGUUGAGCAUGGCCUAGCUAACACAUGGAAAAGAUGUGAACGUUUGAUUAAAAUGAAAAUAAAAUAUUGAAGAAAAAGAGUAUCUUUUCUCAA